AUCUCUCUCCAUCAUCAACGACUACACUACACACUUAAAACCCUAAGGAAAGCAUUUCAGAGCCGUCAGAGAUCAGUUUCAAUGGCGUUUCAUCUCGCCAGACGCAAACAAAGGCUCCAUUCUAACCCAUACCUGAUUCAUCUCUUCUCAACCUCCUCCUCCUCCGCAUCUCCUCAAGACGGGAACGAAUCUGGCGAACAACAACCUUCUCAGUCACCGUCGGAUUUCAAAAUCUCUUCCUACUUCAGUGGCAUCAAAAGCAGCUUGAAACAGCAACCCCAGCAUCAGGCUCAAGACGGGAGGAGACAAUUAGCCGGAUUCGAUCCCAAAGCUCCCUCCUUUUCCGGUUCCGGCGGAGAUUUUCAGGAUGUCAGGAGGAAUCUCAACGAGUUCCGACGCAGAGCAGCAGCUCCUCCGGCGAGGGAUUUGCAGGAUCUGUACAAGCAGAACGUGCUAUCAAAGUCGGGAGAUUUGGGGGCUGGUAAGGUCGAAGGUUCGCCUUUUGAAAACUUAAAGAAAAACUUGAGGCAGAUGAGGCCACAAGAGACCAGAUGGUCAAACCUAUCAAGCCUCCAGAGCAUUAUGAAGGCAAAAGACAGUGGUAAUGUCCGUUCAAACGUGUUCGGUGGGGGAGAGGGGUUGCCCAUUUCAGUGUUCGGGGAGGAGAUAGAGGAAAGGAAGAAGAUGGGAGAUGAUUCAGAGGAGAUGAAGUCGGAGUUUAUCAAGAGCUACAACACUAAAGAACUGGGGGAGAUUCUAAGACAGUACAGACCAGAGGGGAAGAGAGAAGAAGGUUGGUUCUCGUUGCAGGAGCUGAACCAGAGGCUUGUUAAGCUGAGAGAGGUGGAAGAGGCAGCAGCGCAGGGAGCGAGGAAGGGGAUUGCCUUCGAUGAUCUGAGGUCUGAGAUUCAACAAGCUAGAAAAUCACAAGCCUUUCAGAACUUGGAUUUUUUCAGCGUUUUAAAUGGUACCCCAAAGUAUUUGCUUGAGCCUCCGAAAGAUGAGCUAGUUCAAACUUAUUUCCACCCGGAUAACAUGUCAUCUGCGGAGAAGAUGAAAAUCGAGCUUGCAAAGGUCAGAGAAGAGUUCAAGAUGUCGGAAUCUGAUUGUGGUUCUGCACGUGUUCAAGUGGCACAACUGACUACUAAGAUCAAGCAUCUGUCCUCUGUUCUACAUAAAAAGGACAAACAUUCGAAGAAGGGACUGAUAGCAAUGGUGCAUAGACGGAAGAAACUGCUCAAGUAUAUGAGACGAACGGACUGGGAUUCUUACUGCCUUUCACUGUCAAAGCUCGGACUUCGUGACAACCCAGAUUACAAGUUUUAAACUUCUUGAUGCAAGUGACACAAUGAAUCGUGACCUCACAGUAAAACACUCUUUUUGUUCUUUCAUUUUGUCAAAAGAGAUAAUGUGGGUCUCUCUUGUCCAUCAUUUUGGCAGAGGAAAGUUGUUCUACUACAGUUAAUGUUGCAUGCUGUUUAGGCAAAGAGUCUAACAUUGUGGGAAGUUUGAUAAUAAAGUUAAAAUUUGAUAACA